AUUUCUGCUCUCGGGUUCUCACUCUCUCCAUAAUCAUGAAGGAACUUGGGCACUCACCUUCUCCUCUCUAAUACUUUCGCCCUUUUUCUUGUCUCUGUUUUUUUUUUUUUUUUUUAUUCAGCUCCAAAUCAGAGAAGGAAACUUAUUUAUUUUGAAUUUUUUAAGGAAAGGAAAAAGAACCAGGCCAGUAAUGGAGAAAAAGCAAGGUUUUCUCUCGGCUCUCAAAGAAGAUAUAGUUCGCGGGCUUUCACCUUUCCGCUCGCGGUCCAACAGCCCUGCAAGACCCCUUUCACUCAUGUCCACUACGUUACGUGGAAACAAAGACAACCACCAUGGCGGGGCUCACGUGGUGCAACUGGAACCGUUGAGGGCGAGAUCCGGGAGUGAAAGGCCAGUCGGGGAAACGUUAUCUCCUCUCAUGGAAGGUCCGGAGCCGGACCGAGAGAAAUCCGGGGAUCCGAAGUGGGUUGGGUCGGUGAUAGGACAAUGGGUUAAAGGACAGUUAUGUACUUCCACGAAUCACAGAAGGUCUAAUCUAAGGCUGUUGCUUGGAAUCAUGGGCGCCCCUUUAGCUCCAGUUCAUGUUAGCUCCAAUGAUCCUUUGCCUCACUUGAGCAUCAAAGAUACUCCCAUUGAAACUUCCUCUGCUCACUACAUAUUGCAGCAGUAUAUAGCUGCCACUGGGGUUCAAAAGUUACAAAGCUCCAUUAAGAAUGCGUAUGCAAUGGGAAAGCUCAAAAUGGUAGCUUGUGAAUACGAAAUUGCCACGAGAAUUGUUAAGAGCUGUAAUGUCUCUAGAAGUGCCGAGUCCGGUUGGUUUGUACUCUGGCAAAUGAAUCCGGCCAUGUGGUAUGUCGAACUUGCGGUCAGUGGCUUCAAGGUUCAUGCUGGUUGUAAUGGGAACCUUGUAUGGAGGCAUACACCUUGGCUUGGUGCACACACCGCAAAGGGGCCGGUUAGACCCUUGCGUCGUGCACUUCAGGGUCUUGACCCUAGAACUACAGCUAUCAUGUUUGCUAAUGCAAGAUGCAUAGGAGAAAAAAAUAUUAAUGGUGAAGACUGCUUCAUCCUCAAGCUAUGUGCCGAUCCUCGGACACUCAAGGCAAGAAGUGAAGGCCCUGCGGAGAUCAUUAGGCAUGUUUUAUUUGGCUACUUCAGUCAGAAGACUGGACUACUUGUUCAAAUGGAAGAUUCACAUUUAACUCGCGUUCAAUCUACUGGCGGUGAUACGGUUUAUUGGGAAACUACAAUCAAUACAUUUCUCGAAGAUUACCAUCCUGUCGAAGGUAUCGUGAUAGCACAUUCUGGACAUACCGUCGUUACACUUUUCAGGUUUGGAGAAGUUGCAAUGAACCAUACGAAAACAAAGAUGGAAGAAACUUGGACGAUCGAAGAGGUUGCCUUUAACAUACCAGGCCUUUCUGUUGAUUGUUUUAUCCCUCCAAGUGAUUUAUCCAUCACUGAAACCUUGGAAUUCCCUCAGGAUGAAAGGGGAGAGAGCGCAAUCCGCCUUAGAAGAAGCGCAGAAAGGCGGCACUGACAUCAUGAUUCGGAUGUAUGAUAAACCAUAGAUAGAAUCAUCACAUGUUGGCAAUAGUUCAUAUUGGUAGCCAGUGCAUUUGAGUAAAACCCCUCAGAAGUUACAAGGUAAAAAAUCAUUUUUCAUACAUUACUUCAAGCCUAUUAAUCUCAUAUUUGAGCAUCUUCAUUCACAGGUUUCCAAAUAUUUAUGGAUUUGUGAUCCUCUGUGAGAAUACUUUUUGAAUAUAAGGCAUGGUAAAUGAGGUGGAAUUAACUAGUUUUAUUGCCUCGCCAGCUGUAAAAUGUGUUAAAUGAUUGGCGUAUGGUUGCAGUUUCAUAGUGCUGGUGAAAGUAAAAUGUAAAUACAAAAUAUAGUGUUUUUCAUCAGUCACAUAUUUCUUGAAUUGUAUCUUUGAAUGAAGCGUUUGGAACUUCGUUGUUUUUUCAAUUUGUGAAUGGUCAAGAUUAUUUGCAUAGUUGUAUUGAAGUAAA